AUGGAAUCUCCAUCUAAAGAGAACAUCCAGUUCUUCUCAAGACCCAUGAUAUUGUCCAUCGACGGGCCUUCCUCACAAGCAGAAUCUCCCACAUUGAAGGAAAAAAGGACAUUAUGUGGGGGAAUUAAGAUUUUUCUCGGUGCGUUGUCAUUUGUUUACUUUGCCAAAACUCUGUCAGGAAGCUACCUGAAAAGUACCAUCACUCAGAUAGAAAGAAGAUUUGAUAUCCCUUCUUCUCUAGUUGGCCUAAUCGAUGGGAGCUUUGAAAUUGGGAACCUUUUAAUAAUAAUUCUGGUGAGCUACUUUGGAGCCAAACUUCACAGACCCAAAAUAAUUGGAGCUGGGUGCAUAAUUAUGUCACUGGGAACAUUUCUGAUUGCCAUCCCACAGUUCUUUAUGGGACACUACAGGUAUGAGGUAUUUUCUUCCUCCUCCAAUUCAACUAUCAGCGUCACCCCAUGUCUGCAGGAUCGAAACUCAGGCUUGGAAAGAACUCAGACAAAAAUUCAGACAGGGUGCGAAAAAGAAGCCGGCAUUUCCAUGUGGAUCUACGUUUUGCUUGGAAACCUACUACGGGGAAUCGGAGAAACACCGAUCCAGCCUUUGGGAAUCGCGUAUAUUGAUGACUACGCCCCGGAAGAGAGUGUGCCCUUCUACAUUGGAUGUGUUCAGACAGUUGCAAUUAUCGGUCCCAUUUUGGGGUUUCUUUUGGGAUCCUUGUGUGCCAAGCUGUAUGUGGACAUUGGCUUCGUAGACAUGGGCACCAUAGCCAUCACUCACAAAGACCCACACUGGGUAGGAGCUUGGUGGCUUGGCUACUUAAUCGCUGGGUUGGUCAGCUUCCUUGCCGCAAUCCCCUUCUGGUUCUUACCCAAGCAUCUUCCAAGGCCGGAGACCCCCAAAGAUUCUACUGAGCAAUCCAGCUUCAUUGCAGAAGAUAAGGACUGUUGUGCCACCUACCAAACUCAAGUCAGUUUUCUCAAGAUGGCAAAGUUCCUGCCUUCCUUGAAAAACCUCCUUGGAAAUCCAGUUUACUUCUUAUAUGUCUGCUCCAGCAUCAUCCAGUUCAAUUCUCUCAUUGGCAUGGACUAUAAGCCAAAAUAUAUUGAACAACUUGGACAGUCAUCUUCCAAGACUAAUUUUAUCAUAGGUCUCAUCAACAUUCCUGCUGUAGCUCUUGGGAUGUUCUCCGGGGGCUUCUUCAUGAAGAAGUUCAGGCUGAACAUGUUGGGGGCAGCCAAGCUUUCCUUGAUCUCGUCCUUCCUUGGCUACCUACUGCUCCUCACCCUUUUCACAACUGGUUGCAAAAAUGCAGAGGUGGCCGGCUUGACCAUCUCCUAUGAGGGGUAA